AUGUCCGCCGCACAAUUACUCAAUCCGAAGGCGGAGAGCAGAAGACGAGGAGAGGCGCUGCGAGUGAACAUCUCCGCCGGCGAGGGCCUGCAAGAUGUCCUCGCAUCCAACUUGGGCCCAACGGGCACGCUGAAGAUGCUGGUCGACGGAGCGGGUGCCAUCAAACUCACCAAAGAUGGCAGUGUGUUGUUGAAGGAGAUGCAAAUUCAAAAUCCCACGGCCGUCAUGAUUGCGAGAGCAGCAACCGCCCAAGACGAGAUCACGGGAGAUGGGACAACCUCUGUCGUCUUGAUGGUGGGCGAACUGUUGAAACAAGCAGACCGCUACAUCUCCGAAGGCCUGCAUCCGCGUGUCAUCACCGAUGGUUAUGAGCUGGCGAAGAACGAAUCUCUGCGCUUCCUCGAUCAAUUCAAAUUGCAGAAAGAGGUGGAUCGGGAACUCCUCCUCUCCGUCGCCAGAACGUCACUGUCCACCAAGAUCAACCCCAACCUCGCCGAACAACUCACUCCCUCGAUCGUCGACGCCGUCCUCACCAUCUACCAACCCCCUGCCAUCCCCGACCUCCACAUGAUUGAGAUUAUGACCAUGCAACACCGAACAGCCGCAGACACCCAACUGAUCAAGGGCCUUGCUCUCGACCACGGCGCCCGACACCCUGACAUGCCCAAGGAGCUCAAGAACGCGUAUAUCCUGACCCUUAACGUCAGCCUGGAAUACGAAAAGAGCGAGAUCAAUUCCGGUUUCUACUACUCCUCCGCGUCGCAGCGAGAAAAGCUCGUCGAGAGCGAACGCCGCUUCGUCGACGAAAAGCUCCGCAAGAUCGUCGAGCUCAAGAAAGAGGUCUGCGGGACAGACGGGAAGAAGAGCUUCGUCAUCGUAAACCAAAAAGGCAUCGACCCCCUCUCCCUCGACGUGCUGGUGAAGAACGGCAUCUUCGCCCUGCGCCGAGCAAAGCGAAGAAACAUGGAGCGUCUCCAACUCAUGUGUGGCGGCACGGCGCAAAACAGUGUCGAAGAUCUCACGCCCGAUGUCCUCGGCUGGGCCGGCCACGUCUACGAGCACCAGCUCGGCGAGGAGAAGUACACCUUCAUUGAAGAGGUGAAGGACCCCAAGUCCGUCACGCUGCUCAUCAAGGGCCCGAACGCACACACCAUCACGCAGAUCAAGGAUGCCGUGCGCGACGGUCUGCGCUCCGUGUACAACAUGAUAGUCGACAAGUGCGUCGUGCCAGGCGGCGGCGCCUUCCAAAUCGCUUGCGCCGCGCGCCUGAAAUCCGACGAUUUCAGCAAGCAGGUCAAGGGCAAAGCGAAAUGGGGCGUCCUCGCCUUCGCAGACGCCCUGCUCAUCAUCCCGAAAACACUAGCCGCAAACUCGGGCCACGACAUCCAAGAUUGCCUCGCCAACCUUCAAGACGAGCACGCCGAAGGCAACGUCGCCGGCCUCGACCUGACACUCGGCGAAGCCAUGGACCCCGUGCAGACGGGCGUGUACGACAGUUUCCGCGUGCUGCGCAACGGCGUUGCGAGCGCGACGGGCAUCGCGUCGAAUCUGCUGCUGUGCGAUGAGAUGUUGAAAGCGCGACAGAUGGGCAAAUCGGGGCCGCCGGGCGGGGCGCCGGAUGAGGGGGAGUGA